AUGGCACAAGCGAAGACUUUGGAAGGGUCCAAUGUGCGCGGGAGUCGGCUGGCACCGUUCUCCAUACAGCUCUUGAAAUACCACCAGAAUCCAGACCAUGAAAACAGCUCGCUCUUGAGUCUUUUUCCUGCAUCUUAUUGCAGCGAUUCUUAUGAUUUGGUUUCGCCUGAUGGCCAUCUUGCUACCUGUAUUACCAAAGAGCUUGAUAUUGAACGUCUAAGCAGGAUACAGCGAUGGCUAUGGAUUGCAGGAAGUCCUGUGCCAGCCAGACCACUCCACAGCCAGAUCUGGAAAGACCGAGAAAUUGUCAUCACGGAGGAUAUGGAUAUGCAUCUUGUAUGGACGACAGGCAAGAUAUUUAUCAAACCGCUUCCACGAUUCUUAUUAGAGCCUGCCGUCUGGACUGACUUCCUCUGCUGUUCAGAGAAUUGUGAUUGCUCGACUGGUGCGGAAGGGGAGAUGCAGGAUUGUGAGCAGCGGAAGCUUCACAAAGUAGCGUUGGGGUUUUUAUAUUCAUAUGCCGCUUUGAUUCGACAUGAAAGUGACUUACUGCUAGCGAAGGAGAGGUAUCUCCUCCCUAAUGACGACAUUCGCUGGUCCGAUUGGACAACCUUCAUACGGCAGCUAGACACUGAGCAUAUCUAUCCCGACAUCAACCCACGAUUCUACCAUAAGGAGUUACAACUAAGUCGACUGGAUUAUAUCUACUACUUUAUCCAAGGCAACCCAGCAGGCUUUGCACGCCGUUGGCACCGAUCUUCAACAUUUCUCAAGGCAAAUCUUGGGUGGAUUACUGCGACGACUGUAUACAUAGUUGUCGUGCUCACAUCUAUGCAGGUUGGGCUCGCCACCGAGGCUCUCGGUCGUGACCACGCUUUUCAAUCAGCGUCGUAUGGUCUUACUAUAUUCUCAAUUCUUGGGCCCUUAAUCUGUGCUGGGUUCGUCGUUGUUUUAUCGGUGUGUAUUUUGGUAUAUGACGCGUCGCAGAUACUUGUGAAAGUGAAUAGACGGCUGGAUCAUUUCGGUGGCCAACCAGGCCACAGCAGGAAUUAA